AUGGCUGCAGUUAUGAUGUGGUUUAUAUGGAAGUGUAGAAAUGGAGCUAUUUUUGAACAAAAGCUCUCUCUCCCUGGGAUGGUAUGUAAGCGGGCUGUGGAGUAUUUGCAAGAGUUCUUAUCUGCGAACUCCUUGGGUCCUGCACCAGUAAUAUCGUGUGGGGAAGGAAGACUUAGUUCGUGGCAAAGGCCUCCAGCUGGUACUUUUAAGAUUAAUGUGGAUGGGUCUUGGAAGAAAGGGUUGAUGAGAGGGGGUUUUGGGGUUGUGAUCAGGGAUUUUCGAGGUUGUUUUGUUGCUGCUUCUAUGGGAUUUUUUCAGUGGUGUGCGAGUUCAUUGGUUGCAGAAGCCUUGGCAAUUCGGCAGGGUAUUUUGUUGGGAUCUCAACUCGGUUUAGGGUCUGUUAUUUUGGAGAGUGAUGCUCAAUUGCUCGUGAAUAUGCUCAAUAGUCAAGCUGCAGUUAGUCAAGAGGUGGAAGUCGUUACUCAUGAUGUUCAGGUUUUGAGUAAUAAUUUCCAUUGUUGCAGUUUUUCCUUUGUUCGUAGGACCGUUAAUAAUGUUGCUCAUGUUUUAGCUGGUGAAGGUUUUUGUGGUUUGGGGUAUAGUCGUUGGACUGAGUCCCCUCCGUUGUGGUUGCUUGGUCCUCUUUUUAGGGACGAGUCUUCCGUUUGA